GCUGAUGCUGAGGAUGAGGAUGAUGCCGCUGCGUCUCCCUGCUGCCCGCAUACAGCCUGCUGCUUCCAGCGCAUCCUCUUCACCCUUCAUCUGUUACUGGCGUGUGUCGCUCACGGGUGCCUGCAAAAGCAGGCAGGGCAUCGCGAUGGAUGACGCGCGAGUCGCUCGGUACGGCGAGAGCGGGAGUCCGGAGCCUCUCUUCAGACUAGCGGCUGCACUUCCUGAGAAGAAGGAGGAGGAGGAGGAGGAGGAGGAAGCAAACAGAUCCGUUGGGAUAUAGUGAGUUACGCAAUGCCUACCACGGGCAAUCAGAGGAAAGAACGUGUGUGCUCGUGCACGCGGCUUAAACUUUUAUCGUUUCCAACACCCUUAAAUGCGCACUUAGUGAAUGUUUGUGCUAAUUAAAAAAGUUUUACAUGCAAAGAAAUCAAUAGAUUAUUUGGGAAUAGUGAUUAAAAUGAUGUACACUCACAAUUAGUGUCAUUUCAGUCUUCUGGAGGCUAUUUUACAUAGCUAUAGCAAGUAACAUAUGAUCGACUGUUCCUGCAGUUGAUCGAGUCAUUAAUCAGCGAGUCCCGAUAACCUGCACCUCUGAUACAUUUAUUUUAUUUUAUUUUAUUUUUUACAUGUCAUUCAUACAUUUUAUACUUUUUUAAAACUUUUUUUAAACAUUAUUUGAGGAUUUAUCAUUCAAAAUGUCAAAUGUCUCUUAAGGUGAUUAUACACGGGGCAACUUUUUGAGCAAGGUUGCCGAGUUUUGUGCUUGGGCACUUUCCCAUUGAGAAUGGCCAACAAAUUUGUAUCAGGAUACUUUAGAUAGCUUGUGGUCCCUGUGUCUCACCUGGUUGCCCGUUGAGGGCAACAUUGCCCCGUGUUCACAAUGUUGCCCCGUGUAUCAUCACCUUUAGAACUAGCUAAAUUUAUCUAUAACAUGACAACUGUUGUCGUAUUUUUAUUUAUAAAUUAUAAUAAGAGCAGUGUUCACUUGCAACAUAUUAUCAUUUUUAUUAGCUCCGUUGCAACAACAAGGUCAGAUUCUAUGUAAUUUUUUGAUGUGCGUUUAGACUAAAAAACCUAAAUAGGCAAUUAUGAGAAAUACAUAAAGGAGAGUAGGGAAUUUCCUCAGACUGUCAAGUAAAGCACAUCCUGUGAGGUUUAGAGGUUAACAGAAAUUGUCUUUGAUCUUUUUGGCCCAAAUAUAAAAUGCAGACUUGUCUGCACAAAUACUACUGAAUUUUCACAGUCACACUUCCAAAGAGUUGGCUGAAGCUGAUAAACAUUAGAGGGGGGUGUCUUGGUAGAAAGUACUCAAGAUUCUGUUCUCAAGACUCGGCUGCCACACCCACAUCCAAAACCUAGGAUGUUAAAACAACAAUACGAAUACAGGGGAGUGUGACCACAGUCAGCAUAAAAGGGUAAAUCCAACACUUCCAGUUUAUCCUCAUUCCCACGAAACGUUACCUACAGUAUAGUGCAUGAUUUUUUGGUAGAAAUUGUGGAAAGUACCAGGUACUGAAUUCCUAUUACCUGUGUUUUGCUGAGAAGACACUGAUUUCCCCUGUGACUUACCACAUAAGUGUCAUGUUUAUGCAUGAACAAACAGACCUCUUACCCAAGAAAUACAUUUAUUUGACUAAGCGUAUGAAUGUAUUUUUACAGAUGUGGCUGUGAGAUCAGCCUUUAAUUGGGGGACUAUAGUGAAUUUGUGCAAGUUCUAAACUUUUGGCUCUGGGGUUUCCCUUGUAGGCCUGAGUCAAAAGGGGUCAAAACAAGCUUAGCUCAGUUAACACCAGAUGCAUGUUUUGUCCACUUUAGUCAUUCUGCAUACAAUAAAUAUGUCAUUGCAUCACACAAACAUUGAAUAGAAGUGCAGCAAAUCAAAGCACAGCAGAGUGUUUGUCAUCUUCCUUCCUUUUCUGAAGUUGAUUGGUGGCUGAAAUUCCCAACUUUGUGCUUUUGCGUCAAAAGAUUGAAAGGUAUCAGUGAAAAUCUAAUGUUGAGAAACCUUCCUAUUACAAGACCACUUCCUGUUGAACCAACAGGCACAGAGUUCAGAGCAAGGGUGGAAGAGUGUUGGAUGGUGGUUCCUUUUCUAAUUUUUGUUGCUUUUAGCAUGGCAUUGUCAAAUUUGGAGCAAUGUUAUUGACUGAAAAUGAUGCUAAACACAAUGUAAAAAAAAUGUCAGAAAAGUGUGAUCUCAAAAUCCAAGGGUAUACUUGCAUUAAUGUUAAAAAAUAAAAGUAAUCUACCUAUUUUAUGUUAUUCCAAAUACAUAGAUAAAUGAGAGAUUCAUGGGUCAUGUGGAAUUGUGCAACAUAAAAAUCUUUUCAAGAUAUGAGAGGUAAGAGUAAAAUCUCAUGACAUCUAUACUUAUGGGCUUAUCUGACAUCAGGCGUAAAUGAGCUAUGACAAAUAGACAUGAUUUCUCAACCUAUCCAGACUCUGCAUCACAUAGGGAGAUACAGCUACACAAAAAAAUGGGUGGCAACUAAAGGAGGCAACAUUACACAUAGUACAUGUGAUAAUGAAGACGCAAAAAGAAAAAAAAUUCUGGGAACUCUUGUUGCCUCAGAAAGCUGGCUGCGUCAUUUCCUUCCAAUGACAAAUGUGUGGUUUCAGUCUUUAAAAACUUUUUCAGAGUUGUGAUCAUGACCAGUUUGAAACUUUGUCUGUGAACGGAGAAUGAAUUGUCAUGUUGGGAACAUGGUCUGCCUGUCUCAGAGAUCACAAGCAAAAUUCAGAAUGAUCCUCGCUAUCCUCAUUUUGAUUGCUGUUGAGUUAGUACAUCCAACAGUGUCAUGCAAGAACGAAACUUGCAGCCAGCUUCUGCGGCAUAGUCUGCGGCUCACUAGGUUAAUGAGCAAGAGGACGACAGAGCUCUUAGAAACAUAUAAAACCAGUCAAGAUUUUGCAGACCUGAUCUGUGAUAUGCAAAUGGACAAUGUUCCAGUAUCAACAGUCUCUGGCCAGACCAUAUCGCAGCGCAUCUUGAGUGUUUACACCCACCUGAAGGAGUUUCUGCCGCACAUGAAGACAGUGAUGGAGCAGCAGAAAGACUUAAAUCCUCCAACCAACCCUGUGGCGGAGGGGCUCAACAGGAUGAUUACACAUGUUCGCCACAUUGCUGUGAGGGUGAACUGUAUCUUAGAAAUCCUGCAGCCAAAUAUACCCAUUCCUGAGCCAGCUGAAAGUCCAACAGGAAUUCCCCAUGCACAAAAUAUUUUCCAGCAGAAAGCCUAUGGAUGCAUUGUCCUGACUCGGCUUCAGGAGCUCCUUAGUCAAGCAGUUCAAGAACAGAAGUCUCUUAAAAAGGGGAAAAUGUGCAGAAAAAGUACCAAAAAUGGUUCUUGAUGAACUGAAGUUUGUUUUGUGACAUAAAACAAUAUUUACGUAAUUUAUUAAUAUUUAUUUUUGUACAUCUAUAACUGUUGAAGAGAUGUUUUUUGUUGACUUAUUUAUUAAUAUAAUUUAUUUUUGUCCUAACUGUCUUAUCCAUAUAUAUGGACAAAAAAAGUGAAGUCAUACAAAUUGUUCCAAGAAUGGAUCAUCCCAUUUGGCCGACUGUCGUGGUUCCUUUAAUUAUUUGACAGUAAAAUAUUUUCAUUUGAUUUUGUUAUGGAGCAACAACUGUCAUCAAAACUGUAUACCGUAUAACUGGAUGUGAUCAAAACCACUAGUUACUCAGGAUUUCUGAACAACACUAUGAUGUUAUGUAUGUCAUCACAGACAAAAAUAUUUUGAUUACACUUCAAAAGUACAUUUUGAUUACACAGAAAUUUGAAGCUGUGAUGUCACACGUUAGCCAUAUUGGCUUUUGUGGUUAAUGCUAACAUCUAUAGCAUGAUCUGAAUAACCUAGUAAAAAUGUAUAUGUUAUCUAUGACAUAGCCUUCAGCUAAGACCAUUUUAGAAGGCAGGAAGUGCAAAAGACUGAUAUCAGCUUAUAAUGACGCAUUCGUUUCACCACAUCAGAAAGGGGAAAAAACUGACUAGCCGUCUCCCCGUCACAAGAUACAAGUGUGUGUUUGUGUCGAUGUGAGUGAAUCUCAAGCCAUUCCGUUUAUAAUUAACAGACUGUGGUCUGUACAUUUCACUCUAUGAAUGCACAACUAUGAAUGCUUUCGGUCAAUGUUGUGAUUAUGUAUAUAUUUUGAUACUUAUUUAUAUGAAACCAGUAUGUAGUGAUGUAAAUUACUUUGCAUUCAUUCUUCCAAAAUAAACUAAACAAAAAUAAA